AUGGAUCAACAACCUACACUUAGAGGUCACGCACCUCAAUCAUCCAUUGCCACAACACCAAGACCUGGAACACCUGAAAACAUCAAUCCAUUCGGUGCUGAUGACAGUAUUCAACCUUCUCCAACCCAAGACAGAGUAGUCAAUCCUUUCGCUUCCCCAUUCGCUUCAAGACCUGGCUCUACUUUCGGUGCAUCAUCUUCGGUAGGAAGAACAUAUGGCACACGAUAUUUUCAUUCCAGAAGAGUAAAGAAGGGAGAAGUUGAUCAACCAUGGAAAGCCACUAAAGACCCAAAGGAAAAAUGGGUUACAAUCAUUCCAAUCAUUGGCAUGCUCGUAGGGUUGGGAAUUGCGGGAUUUUUGAUCUAUGAUGGAAUAGCUUCUGUCACCCACCACAAAUACUGUCCAGUUAUGAGUGAUGAUUUCUCAAGUGGUACACUCAAUACCGAUAUUUGGACUCAGGAAGCAGAAGUUGGUGGCUUUGGUAAUGGAGAGUUUGAACAAACUACACUUGACGAUGAAAAUGUUUUCAUCAAGGAUGGAAAGCUCGUCAUCAGACCUACAUUACAAGAUGCAAAACUCAUUGAAUCAAAUACGGUUAUCAACCUUACAUCUGAUGGAACAUGUUCAUCCGAUGUCCUCACCAACUGUGUUUCAGUCACCAAUACUACCGCCGGUACAAUCAUUCAACCUGUCAGAUCUGGAAGAAUCAAUACCAAGAAAGGUGCAACUAUCAAAUAUGGGCGUGUUGAAGUAACUGCCAAGUUACCCGCUGGUGAUUGGUUGUGGCCCGCGAUCUGGCUCUUGCCAGUUGAGAACACUUAUGGAGCUUGGCCUGCAUCUGGAGAAAUUGACAUUGUUGAAGCCCGAGGAAACAACCACACCUAUGCACAAGGAGGAAAUAACAUCAUCUCAUCUACUCUUCAUUGGGGACCCGAUUCUGCUAAUGAUGGUUACUGGAGAACAAAUGUCAAGCGUACUGCACUCCAUACUACUUACUCUGAUGGAUUCCAUACAUUUGGCCUUGAAUGGUCUGAGAAGUACCUUUACACCUACAUCGACUCUAAGCUACUUCAAGUACUUUACAAUACCUUCAGUGAACCACUCUGGCAACGUGGUGAUUUCCCCGAUUCCAACAGCAAUGGAACUAGAAUUACAGAUGUUUGGUCUCAAACCGGUCGUCACAACACACCUUUCGAUCAGAGAUUCUAUCUCAUUCUUAAUGUUGCAGUUGGUGGGACCAAUGGAUGGUUUGCUGAUGGCAAGAGUGGAAAGCCUUGGAUUGAUGCUUCUGCUACUGCCAAGAAUGAUUUCUGGAAUGCGAGAGAUACUUGGUAUCCUACCUGGACUGCCAAUAAUAAUCAAGGCCAAAUGGAGGUUAGCAAAGUACAGAUGUGGCAACAAUGUGAUGGAACUGAGGACCUUUAA